GGAAGUGAGGCGCGGUGGGCGGGAGCCGGCUGGCCCGGGGAGUUUUCUAGAAGCGGGGCGGCGGGAUUGAGUGGCCUGGGAAGUCAGGUUGGAUCCUCGGGUCGCGGCGAUGGUGGAUUACAGCGUGUGGGACCACAUUGAGGUGUCCGACGAUGAGGACGAGACUCACCCCAACAUCGAUACGGCGAGUCUUUUCCGAUGGAGGCACCAGGCUCGGGUCGAGCGGAUGGAGGAGGCACAGAAAGAGCGUGAGGAGUAUGAGAAGGGGAGUGGUGAUGUUAAACGUAAGCUCAGUGAGUGUCAAAAGAAGCUGAAGGAAUUGGCAUUGGUGGAAACUGACGAUGCAAAGAAAGAGAUUGAAAAAUUACAGGAUGAGCUAAAACAGCUGAAAAAGGAGGAGAAGGAAUGGGAUAAGAAAGGGGCAUUGUUGAAGAAGAAGGAAAAGUCUAUGCCUUGGAAUGUGGAUACACUGAGUAAAGAGGGAUUCAGUAAGAGUGUUUUUAAUGUAAAACCAGAGUCGACCACGGUUGAAACAGAGGAAGAUAAAGAGAAAAAACACAAGACCUUUGUGGAAAAAUAUGAGAAGCAGAUCAAGCAUUUUGGCAUGCUCAGCCGCUGGGAUGACAGCCAGAAAUAUCUAUCCGAUAAUCCCCACCUUGUAUGUGAGGAGACAGCCAAUUACCUGGUCAUCUGGUGCAUCGAUUUAGAAGUUGAAGAGAAACACGCACUAAUGGGGCAGGUAGCCCACCAAACAAUAGUAAUGCAGUUUAUCCUGGAACUUGCCAAGAGCCUUAAGGUGGACCCGAGAGCUUGUUUCCGACAAUUCUUCACCAAAAUCAAGACAGCAGAUAAACAGUACGUGGAGGCAUUUAACGAUGAACUUGAAGCCUUUAAGGAGCGGGUCAAAGGUCGUGCCCAAGCAAGGAUAGAAAAGGCAAUGAAGGAAUAUGAAGAAGAGGAACGUCAGAAGCGUAUGGGACCUGGUGGGCUUGACCCUGUGGAGGUGUAUGAAAAUCUUCCACUAGAGAUGAAGAAUUGUUUUGAUGCAAAAGAUAUUCAGUUGUUGCAGGAUGUUAUCAGCAAAAUGGACCCAACAGAAGCCAAGUACCACAUGCAGCGCUGCAUUGACUCUGGACUCUGGAUUCCUAAUGCAAAGGCUGCUGAGGAGGAAGGAGAGAAGAAUACAGGGGAAGAGAAUCCUGUAUAUGAAGAAGUUAAAAAGGAAGCCACUGAAGAAAAAUAAUCCUAGUUUUGUUUGUGUAAUUGCUAGCUUUAAGUGCUGUGCUUAGAUACAGACUGCAUCCUGUUUACUGGCCCGUUGGGGUUGACAUAAGUUGAAUAUAUCAGUCUAUUGAAUGAAAACUGAAAGUCUGACACAAAUCAAAUGCUUUUUGUAUUUUAAUAAAUACACAAGUUUUGACAGCCUACAGACUGCUUCACUAUUUGCAGUAACUCACUGGAUCCACUGGUAACUGCAGAAGAAACAAAUGUCUGAGUGAAUGACUUCUUUCCAAUUGCUUCAUGACCAUUUCAUAUGGUGUUGGGCCAGGCAGACAAGGGAAGUACCCAUUCUGGCUCCUAAACUGCGCCGAGUUAUCUAAUGAGACCCUGCGCUGAUGUCUUCAAGGCUUGUACUGAAGAUUGGCUCACUGGAGAGAGAACAGUCAUUGCCUGUGAAACUAUACCUCGCACAAAUGUAAUGUUGAGGGGGAAGGUAAUAUAAGAAUUUGUAGCUUAAAUCCUGCAAGUGGACUUUAUGGCAAAUGUCACUUAAUUGAGGUUAUAUUUGUAAAGAAAUAGAAAAAUCUGAAGGCUAUUGAUACAAAAUUGGAAUGGGAAUUACAUGACAAAGUCUUUUGUUAUCUAAAAAUAAAAUGUGGAAUCCAUGCUCACAAACUUAACUACAGUUCUGACUGGCAAUGAGUUAAUGUGGUGUCCUUGAGGUAUCACUCUGGCCAAACGUUUGUAACCCAGGAUCUGAGCACAUUGCCAGAAGUUGGGACAGGGAAGUAGAAGUGACAAAAUUUCAUAGGCCCUAGGAUUUUGAGUGUUCUGGUUUUAGUACAUCAACAUUUCAUUUAAGUUUCUGGUUAGGCAAGGGAUUUACAUAACACAAUUUUGAUAGGUGCUUUUAUCUCAGUGUAAAACAUCAUAAUAUUGUCUGUACUGGGUUUGACUACUUAUGUUCUGUACAUAUAUUUUAAUGAAACUGCGCACUGAUCACAUUAUGGCUCAGAAUAAUUGUUCAGCUCGGGCCAAUGUUGCUGUUGAUGCUGCGUGUUACUGUGACCUGUUUGAUCUGAGGCAGUUGCUGUUUAUGAGCAAGGUAGUUAUUGUAUCAUUUAUAUCCUGUUACUGGCCACCAUGUAUGCAAAUAAAGAUGUGAUGCAGUAUAUUG